AUGGCAGAGGAAAAGAACGACGCUACACCGUUCGUUAAGAAUGGCAGCACCGCUGUCAUCACAAAAACACCUGUACCGCCGACUCCUCAAAAAACCGGAAAGGCUGGUAGAGGGAAGGCCUACAGGCAAGUGCUGGCCUCAUUUGUUGCCAACUUGGGCACCAUGAAUACCGGCAUGGCGUUCGGUUUCUCAGCGACCGCGUUACCCCAGCUGAAGAGUCCAGAUUCGAGUAUUCACAUAACUGAGAAUGAAGCUAGUUGGAUAGCCAGUUUAAGUGCGGCGGGGACACCUAUAGGGUGUAUACUCAGUGGUUACCUCAUGGACUCUAUUGGCAGAAAACGCACGCUCAUUAUUACCGAAGUGCCUCUUAUUCUUGGUUGGAUACUUGUUGCGACUGCUCAAAAUGUUCCUAUGCUUUAUAUUGGUAGGUUAUUAAUCGGUUUUGGGUCUGGCAUGGUCGGUGCGCCAGCUAGGGUGUAUACUUGCGAGGUCUCACAACCGCAUCUACGGGGCAUGUUAGGGGCCCUAGCUUCGGUCGGGGUCUCUACUGGAGUUCUAAUACAGUAUGUAAUCGGAAGUGUGACGUCAUGGAACAUUCUUGCGGGGGUUAGCGCUAUCAUUCCAAUCAUAUCACUGCUUGGCAUGAUCCUGAUCCCGGAGACACCGAACUACCUUCUCACACAAGAUAACCCAGAGAGGGCAGAGAAGUCGCUGGCCAAACUACGAGGGUCAACAUGCAACUUGGAUGAAGAGAUCCAGCGAAUGAUAAAUUUCAAAGAGAAGAAUCAUGUUGAACCAUUGAAAACGCCUAAAGAAGUUUUGAAAGCGUUACUGUCGCCUUCAGCGCUUAAACCUUUUACAAUAUUAGCAAUAUAUUUUUUCAUAUACCAGUGGUGUGGUGUUAAUACCAUCACAUUUUAUGCCGUAGAAGUAUUUGAGGCGUCGGGAGCCUCUUUGGACAAAUACUGGUUAACCAUAUCUAUGGGUAUCAUUAGAUUAAUUUUCACUGUGGUCGGAUGUAUUCUGUGCAGAAGGUGUGGGAGGAGGUUGCUUACAUUCGUUUCAGCAAUCGGUUGUGGUUCCACAAUGGUGACCCUAUCGGUGUACAUGUACUACGUGCAUUACUGGAAAGAGAACAACCUGCCGCCCUCCAACUCCUGGAUUCCAGUUGCCAGUAUCUACAUCUUUAUGAUCGCUUGCACGUUGGGAUACUUAAUCGUGCCUUGGGUUAUGAUUGGAGAAGUGUACCCUACGCAGGUGCGCGGUAUAAUUGGGGGCAUGACAACGUGCGUGGCUCAUUUGUCAGUAUUCUCAGUGGUUAAAACUUUCCCCUUGCUCAAGCACUCGCUCAAUGAUUACGGAGCCUUCGCUCUGUACGGCGUAAUGUCGUUAGCAGGAACAGUAUUUUUCUACAUAUUUUUACCGGAAACAAAAGGAAAGACGUUACAAGAAAUAGAGGACUACUUCUGCGGAAGGACAAAAACUUUAAAGAAAAACAACACACAAACAGAACUACCUUAA